AUGGAUCACAUAAGUGUUCACACUGGUGAGAAGCCGUUCACCUGCCCUCAGUGUGAUAAAAGUUUCCGAACAAAAUCAGAUCUAAGGCGUCACAUACGAGUUCACACUGGAGAUAAACCUUUCACGUGCCCUCAUUGUGAUAAGAGUUUUACAUAUAAAGGAGGUCUUCAGAUUCACAUGGAAGUUCAUAAAGGUGACAAGGAAAAGCGGAUCUCACGAAAGAGGAGAGACCCCGCGGAAAUUAAAGAGGAGGAUCAAGAAAACGAUGAAGUGGACGAUGAGUACUACAGUUUCAUAAUUGAAGAAAAUUCUUUCAGCUCCUCAGAAACUGAUGAGAAAUCCACUCAAGAGCGAACUGAUGCCAAAAAAUCUUUUGCUUGCCAUCUUUGUGAUAAGAGUUACACACACAAAGGGCAGCUAAACUAUCACAUAAGGAUUCACACUGGUGAGAGGCCUCACGCAUGCCCCUAUUGUGAGAAGACUUUCGUUAAAAACAAUCAGCUUAAGGUUCACAUAGGCAUUCACACUGGUGAGAGGCCGUUCGUCUGCCCUCAGUGCGAUAAGGGUUUCCGAACAAAAUUAAGUCUAGAGAGCCACAUACGAGUUCACACUGGAGAGAAACCUUACACCUGUCCUCACUGUGAUAAGUGUUUCCAAUCAAAAUCAAAUCUAGGGAGUCACAUACGAAUUCACACUGGAGAAAAACGUUUUACAUGCCUUCAAUGUGAUAAAAGUUUCACACAAAACUCAAGUCUUAAGACUCACAUACGAAUUCAUACAGGUCAGAAGCCUUACUCGUGCCAUCUGUGUGGUAAGAGUUACAAACAAGCACGAAGUCUCAAAGAUCAUCGCUGUUUCACUCGAACGAAGAGCUGUGAUUAG